UCCCGCCAAAGCAGUUCCUCUUCAUCCUAAUCACCCUCUCUCGCAGCGGCGAUGUCUGGGCGCGGCAAGGGCGGCAAGGGGCUGGGAAAGGGCGGCGCCAAGCGCCACCGGAAGGUCCUCCGCGACAACAUCCAGGGCAUCACCAAGCCAGCGAUCCGGAGGCUGGCGAGGAGGGGCGGCGUGAAGCGCAUAUCCGGCCUCAUCUACGAGGAGACCCGCGGCGUCCUCAAGAUCUUCCUCGAGAAUGUCAUCCGCGACGCCAUCACCUACACCGAGCACGCCCGCCGCAAGACCGUCACCGCCAUGGAUGUCGUCUACGCGCUCAAGCGCCAGGGCCGCACCCUCUACGGCUUCAGAGGCUAGAUUCGUGUAGCGGAGCAACUUCCUCGUGUGCUCUGUGUGAUAUGUGCUAUGGUGGAUGGAUUUACUGAUUUGUUGUUCGUCGUUGUGUUCUGUCUUUGGGUUCAGUAGGCUGUGUAAUACCCUGUUCUGUUCAAUGCAAUCAGUUUGAUUCUGAAUCCCGGCGAAAUGCUUCACUGCUGAAUUGUAUUUUGCUUU